CUGGAGCUGUGUGUUGGAUAUUGAGUGUGUUUAUUGGAAACAUUUCCCUCCUGAUUUCCAGGCUGAGUUUUGUUGACGGAUCAUUCCUGACUAUGAGAAGAAGGAUUGCACUGGACUACAGAGAAUACAGAGAGGAUAAGCACCAAAAAUAGAUCCUGACCGUCACCCAAGAAACAACUGGACAGUGACAUAGAACGCCUUAAAUGUGAGGUGCCGAUCCAGGUUUGCACAGAGUCAGCGACACUCUUGAAUGACUAACACAUUCACAGACAUUUGUUCAGACGCGAAAAGUCAUUCUCAACAGCAUGGAACCUCCACAUACACCAACACCCUCACAAUGUGGACAAAUCAUUCAACUGCACGGUGUACAACAAAUCGUUCUUGAGGUCAUUGUUCCUUAUCAGACACCAACGUGUUGACAUGAUGGAGAAACUGUUCACAUGCAAGAUGUGUGACAAAUCAUUUACACACUCAUCAAUUCUUCACGCACAUCAACGUGUUCACACUGGAGAGAAACCCUUCACAUGUGAGGUGUGCGAUAAAUCAUUCUCUGAGAUAUCAACUCUCCGCCUACAUCGUAGCAUUCACACAGGGAUAAAACCAUUCACAUGUGUGGUGUGCAACAAAUCAUUCUCUCAUUCAUGGACUCUCCGUGAUCACCAACGCACUCACACAGGGGAGAAACCAUUCAAGUGCAAGGUGUGCAAUAAAUCAUUCUCGAGGUCAUCGUCCGUUCGUGUUCACCAACGUGUUCACACUGGGGAGAAACCAUUCACUUGCAAGGUGUGUGAUAAAUCAUUUGCACAGUCAUCAACCCUCCAUGCACACCAACGCAUUCACACAGGAGAGAAACCAGUCAAAUGUGAGGUGUGCGAUAAAUCCUUUUCACAAUUAGGAGGCCUCCUAGUCCAUCAGAAGAUCCACACAGGAGAGAAACCCUUCAAGUGUGAGGUUUGUGGUAAAGCUUUUGUGACAUCUUCGAGCCUCCUGAUACACCAAAUGAUUCACACUGGAGAGAAACCCUUCCGAUGUGAGGUUUGUCAAAUUGCUUUCAUCCAAUUCUCUGAUCUCCUGAGGCACCAGAGGAUUCACACAGGAGAAAAACCAUUCAAAUGUGACGUGUGUGACCGUGCCUUCACUCAGUUAUCAAUCCUGCGUGCCCACCAACGCAUUCACACAGGAGAGAAACCCUUCAAAUGUGAGGUGUGUGACCGAGCCUUCACACAGUCAUCAACGCUUGUGGAACACCGACGCAUUCAUACGGGGGAGAAACCAUUUCCGUGCAAAGUGUGUGACAAAUCCUUCUCAAGGUCCUCAUCCCUUCUUCUGCAUCAGAGGAUUCACACAGGAGAAAAACCCUUUAAGUGUGAGGUAUGUAACCGAGCCUUCACACAGUCAUCAACACUUGUAGAACAUCAGCGCAUUCACACGGGGGAGAAACCAUUUCCAUGUAAAGUGUGUCACAAAUCUUUCUCAAGAUCAUCAACCCUCCUCCUCCAUCAGAGGAUUCACAAAGGAGAAUAACCAUUCAGGUAUAAUAUCUGUGACAAAGCUUCAACUUAGCCCACUUUUCCAAUCUGUUGAAAAGAAUCCAUUCAUGUAGGAGGUGUGUGACAAGCCUUUACACAGUUACUGUAUCAAUAGGUUCUUCAACACACACACAUACAGGACACAUUCUCAAUUCUUUCAUAAGUGAGACCAUUUCCUCAAUGCCUGCUCUGUGCAAACCCCGCAAAUGUCCUCUUAGCCCUCUCUUCCCCAAUGAGAACAGUCCUCUCUUUACCAAUUUAGCUCUGUAACUGAAGAUCCUCAUUCCUGGAACCAUUCUGAUGAAUCUUUACUGCACCUUUUUUAAUAUCUUCAUCUUUCCUGAAGAAUGGUGCCAAGGACAAGAAGCAGCACUGGAGCUGAGGCCAAGCCUGUGCUUUGGAUACUACCUUUGGUGUUCUGCCCCCAUAACAAUAACAAUAACAAUAAAUUAAUUGCUCUGCCAUCCUGUCUUGCCAGCUUCAGUGAUUUUGUGCCAAGGUCCCUCUGAUCUCGCACCCUUUUAGAACCUUUAUAUUAUCUUUCUGCAUUCUUCCUAUCAAAAUAAAUCACUGCGCACUUCUCUGCAUUAUAUUUCUUCUCCAACCUCUCCACCUAAUCUAUAAACUUGACCCCUUUUGACAUUUUACAUGAACCCUUUCACAGUUCACAACUCUUGUACUGUACAAACAUUGUUGGUCUGUACAUCAAAGAUCUGUGUCCUAACACUGAUGCCUGGACAACUACAUUCCUCGGUCGUCAACUGAAAAUUAUCUGUUAACAACUUCUCACUGUUUCUCUCUAUCAAUGAAACAAUUUUUGUUUUGAUUCCAUGAGUUCUAAUGUUUUUUGCACAUCUGUUCUCUGCCUUUUGGAAGUCCUUGUACACCAUGGUGUUCCCUUCAUCGAGCCUCUCUGUUACCUCGACAAAAGACUUACAGAAUUAAACUCUCAUUGCUCUCACUAAUCUGAUUCAUUUCAUUUAAUAACGCACAAUUAUCCAUGUUAUUUAAAACUCAUUUGGACAGGUCCACAAAAAGGAAAAGUUUAGAGGGAUAUGGGCAAAAUACAGGCAAGUGGGACUAGUUUAGUUUGAGAAACUUGGUCAGCAUGGAUGAGUUGGACCAAAGGGGCUGUUUCCCUGCUAUAUGAUUCUGUGACUGAAUUUUGUCCUCAAUUAUUAUUUCCAGAAGCUUUCCAAUCACCAAUAUUAAACUAACUGAUCUGACUGGUAUUUUCUGCAUUUAUGUUUUCGUGCUUAUUUGAUUGAUGGUGUAAUAUUUGCAAUUCUCCCAUUCUCCUGCACAACUGCCAAUCCUCAGGAAGACUGGAAUAUUGUGGCCAGUGCCUCCACAAUUCUCACUCCAGCCCAAAUAAUCUUAUCUUUAAAGGCACCUUAUCAUUCAUUUACCAUUUCUCCUGACAAUCUUUGAUUCCAGAUUUUCUGGUCAUAUUGUUCUUAUGUCAUUGCAGUUGGUGUUCCUCCAGUUACUUACUCAGAAUUGUUACUUGUACUUCUCCAUCAGCACACCUAAAUCUUUUGAUACAAUAAUCUCUGAAGCAUGCCUGUCCUGACACUUGCGACUAUUCAGUGACAUCCAUGAUCCUGGUAUUAGCAAAGUUACGUUCUGUCCCAGAUUCACAUCUAUGGCCACAGUAAAGUCUGUCUGUUCGCGUAACUAAUGAACCUCAAUCACUAUUGCUCUUCCAGUUUUGUGCAUGUCCUUAUGUAAAUCUGACCUAGCUGUGAAGCUUGGUCUCCCCAGAACAACUAUCAUUUUCAUCAGGACUCAGGGCUCAAUACUGGUUGCAGAGUGAAAUAUUUUCAGGGUUCUGCAGUACUUGCUUUUCUGACACACAUCCAAAACCCACCCCUGACUAGCCCAGCUUCAGUUUUAAUGCUGUGGCCCCUGUGCUUGUAAAGUGAGCCAGCUCUCAGUAAUAAGUAUGGGGCAGAAUCAGAUCCUGCUUUAUUUGGUGAUGUGAAUUAUAGAUUAAUCCUCUUCAGGUGAUGAGUGUUUGAUUAAUACAACGAGGAAUGUUUGUCUGGGAGGACUACUAUCCUGAGUAUGGUGUGAGAGUGGGUCCGAAUCUCUGCAGACCCAGUUUCUUAAAGCUUUCAAGAAGAUUUGCAGCUCAGUUCAUGGAUGAGCCAGUGGGUUCGGUUGCCAGUGUUUCAUCGCCCUGCCAGAUAACAUCGUCAUCACGCCUCCGGUGAAGCGUCGGUGUUCUGUCCCGCUUGUCAUUUAUAUGCCUCGGUUUGCUGGGGCAAUCAGUAUUACUUUCGGUUUUGUUUCUCAGUGGUUUGCACACGGGUUCGAAUUCAACGUGUUUGUUAAUGGAGUUCCAGUUGGAAUAAAAACUUAACGUAGACCAAAUGGGAAAAAAAUUGACUCUAUAGAUAUAUGAAUAUGAACUAGCCACCAAGAGACAUGACCAAUUCUCACUUGUCUCACUAAACACGAACAAUGAGGGACAUGAAUCCGAUUGGGACAAUACAUUGACAAUCGCAUGAGCCAAACAGAGACACGCCAGGGAAUUCUUGGAGGCCUGGUAAUCCAGCCGGAACUCCAUCAACAAACAUGUCGAAUUAGACCCUGUGUACAAACCACUG